GUUUGAUGGAUCCGAGGAUCGCCUGGUUUCAGCCAGAGCAGCUCGGACCCUCCAACAGUUUGUGGAUGCAGAUUUGGGAGACGACCCAGGGGCUCAGGAACCUCUACUUCAACCACCACUGUCACAGCAGCGCCACGAGCAGUAGCAGCAGCAGCAGCAGCAGCGGCAGCGGGAGCAGCAGCAGCAGCGGGAGCAGCAGCAGCAGCGGCAGCAGCAGCGGGAGCGGCACCAGCAGCAGCAGCGGCAGCAGCAGCCACACGGGCAGCCCCAGCGGCCCCGCCGCCGCCUCCGCCGCCGCCACCGCCGCCGCCCCAGCCGGCCCCGCCACGGCCCCCGCCGGCGGUAGCAGCAGCAGCAGCGGCGGCUCCCCAGCCGAGGGCAUGUACCGCCCCGGGGAGCGGCUCCUGGGCGGCCACGCGCUGGCCCCCGAACAGCGGGACUUCCUGCCCUUAGAGACGACCAACAACAACAACAACCACCACCAGCCCGGGGCCUGGAGCCGGAGGGCCGGAGCCUCCGCCGCGGAGACCGCCGACCCCGGCGCGGGCAACAGCAACAAGCGGAAAAGGGACAACAAGGCCAGCACUUACGGACUCAACUACAGCCUGCUGAGCCCCAGCACGGCCCCGGCCUCCACCGCCGGGGUCGGGGCAGGCGGAGGGGGCGGUGGUAGGUUGGCUGGAACAGCGGGAACUGGAGGGUUGUACAGUGGUACCCCUUGGAAGAGGAGGAACUACAACCAGGGAGUCGUGGGUCUUCAUGAAGAAAUCAGUGAUUUUUAUGAGUACAUGUCUCCUAGACCUGAGGAAGAGAAAAUGCGAAUGGAAGUGGUGAAUAGGAUAGAAAAUGUUAUUAAGGAGCUUUGGCCCAGUGCUGAUGUCCAGAUAUUUGGAAGUUUUAAAACUGGAUUAUAUUUACCUACCAGUGACAUUGAUCUUGUGGUAUUUGGGAAAUGGGAGAAUUUACCCCUGUGGACCCUAGAAGAAGCUCUUCGAAAACAUAAGGUUGCAGAUGAGGAUUCUGUGAAAGUACUCGACAAAGCAACUGUACCAAUUAUUAAGCUAACAGAUUCUUUCACUGAAGUAAAAGUUGAUAUCAGCUUUAAUGUACAGAACGGAGUGAAAGCCGCCCAACUUAUCAAAGAUUUUACCAAGAAAUAUCCUGUAUUACCUUACCUGGUUUUAGUAUUGAAACAGUUCUUAUUACAGAGAGAUCUUAAUGAAGUGUUCACAGGUGGAAUUGGUUCUUAUAGUCUCUUUUUAAUGGCAGUCAGUUUUCUUCAGUUGCAUCCCAGGGAAGAUGCUUGCAUACCCAAUACCAACUAUGGUGUUCUCUUAAUAGAAUUUUUUGAGUUGUAUGGACGUCACUUCAAUUAUCUCAAGACUGGCAUCCGGAUAAAGGAUGGUGGUUCAUAUGUGGCCAAAGAUGAAGUGCAGAAAAAUAUGUUGGAUGGCUACCGGCCAUCAAUGCUAUAUAUUGAAGACCCCUUACAGCCAGGUAAUGAUGUUGGAAGGAGUUCAUAUGGUGCCAUGCAAGUGAAACAGGCUUUUGAUUAUGCAUAUGUUGUUUUGAGUCAUGCAGUAUCACCAAUAGCGAAGUACUAUCCCAACAACGAAACCGAAAGCAUAUUAGGCAGAAUAAUUAGAGUGACAGAUGAAGUGGCUACCUAUAGAGAUUGGAUAUCAAAGCAGUGGGGUUUGCAGAAUAGACCUGAACCUUCAUGCAAUGGAAACGGUGUUACCUUGAUAGUAGAUAAUCAGCAGUUAGAUAAGUGUAACAAUAAUCUAUCUGAAGAGAAUGAAUCCCUGGGAAAAUGUAGAAGUAAAACUUCGGAAUCUCUUAGUAAACACUCUUCAAACUCUUCAUCAGGUCCAGUGUCUUCCUCUUCUGCCACGCAGUCCAGUUCUAGUGAUGUUGAUUCUGAUGCAACGCCUUGCAAAACAUCUAAGCAGCUGAUUUGUCGUCAGUCUGCUGUGAACAGAGUGGGAUCACAAGAAGUAUCUUUGGAAUCCUCCCAGUCAGGAGGGAAAAUACAAAACAACCAAGCUCCUAAUUCAGCCAAUAGCACUAACAAAUCUCAGCAUGGAUCAGCAAGGUUAUUUCGUUCUUCCAGCAAAGGCUUCCAAGGUACAACUCAAACAAGCCAUGGCACCUUGAUGACAAACAAACAGCAUCAAGGCAAAUCAAAUAAUCAGUAUUACCAUGGCAAAAAGAGGAAACACAAGAGGGACGCAGCCUUUUCAGACCUUUGUAGAUAGUUACCAAUUUUAUGAUUGACUGUUCUUCUGUGUGCAAUGAUCUCAUGCUACAGGAUAGUUUGAUAGCAACUCCUGGGAUUCAUUCAGGAGCUUCAGACUGUUCAGACGUUGAUUAGCAACUGCAUUUUUUUCCCAGCUCGCCACGGAAUGGAUCAUGAAGACUGACAACUACAAAAACAAAAAGCAAACUAAAAGGAAAAAAAAAGGCUGCUCAUUUGAUAAGUCAUAUGCUAUACAACAGGGUCAUUUUAAGAUUUAAAAGCUUGAAUGUAAAAUAAAUAUAUAUCCCAUCAGCUUUAUGCUGAAUUGUAGGGGUAGUAUUCAGUGUGUGUAGGGGGUGGUAUAAACAAAAACUAAAAGUUUAAAAGGAGGGGGGAAGGAGAAAAAAUGUAUUUUGUGGGAAAACCAGAUUUAAAAGGUGAAAGUGAUUUGUGCAUGAUUUUUUUUAUUAUUUUUGCAUAUAUUUACCAUUUUAUUGUGUGUAUAUAUAGAAGACCAUAUUAUAGGAAAUUGACAUUUGUAAUAGUGGAUUUGUUAAUACUUUUUACAUAACAUUACUGUUUAAAUUGUAAACAGAAUUUUCUCAGGAUUAGUUUGAAAAAUAAUCUGAAUUGUCAUCUUAACAUCCAUAUGUAGGAAUGUGAUUAGUUCUGUUACUCAGAAUUUGUUUUCCUCAGCAUUGAAAUGAAUUAAUAGAACACUUGUGACCUGCUGCAAAAGUUUUUCCUCUAAAAAGAAAAGAUUUAUGGUGGCAAAUGAAGUUUAUUUUAUUUUGUAAAAUGUGUACUAUGUAUUUUUGUGUAAAACACUGAAAAAACUAUAGUCAUCUCUGAUAAUUAACUCACAACUGUUUUCUAUAGUGCCAUUGUCUUUGGCAAUGGGCAACUACACUACUUUGUUUUUCUUUGCAGUCUUUUUUUUCUUCCUAAAAAGGAAAAAAAAAGCCACCUGAAUGUUGUCCAUUCUUGUUGCAGUAAAAAGAAAAAAAAAAAAACCUCAGCUCGAGUUCUACAAACAUUUGCAUGCCAGCUUCUUUAACCUUCGUGCUCGCGUGUACUUGUUUUUCUCAUUCUUCUUUUUUAAAUUCAUGCUAAACUUCUGUGGGAGAGAAUAACUGUUUAAGCUUUAAUGAAAUCAUACUUAUAAAACUAUUUUCUUAUACUCCACUUUAUGCUUUUGGUAUUGUUAAUCUUUAAAAAUUAAAUGGUCUUUGAUAAAGGACAUAUUUCGUAUUGCUUUAUUAAGACCAAACACUUCUUGUCAUCCCAUUCUUUAUCCUGCCCUUUCACUGAAUUGUUACCUUUAAUUAAAACUUUUUUAAACAUUGGCUUGUUUUAAUCAUACUGUAAAUUUAGGUUGUGGUCAGUUGAAUGCCUUAGGUGCAAAUGAGAUGUAAAAUUCUGUUAUUCACCACAUGUUGAAUUUGAAACUGAGCUGGGGAAAAUUGAACAUAAUAGAAUGUUAAAUGGCAUUUGUGCAAAUGCUUCUUUGGAAGGAAAAAGCGCUUCUGUGUUCAUCAUCAUUGUGUAUGGCUCUAUUAAAUGAAGCCAUUCCUGAGAUGAGGAGCUUUUAUAUGCAUAUAUAUGUAUAUGUAUUCAUAUUACAUGUGUGUAUAUAUAUAUACAUAUAUACACACACAUAUA